GUCAUCAUAUCUGUCAUUGUUGACACUUGACAGAUUUUUUUUAUUUUAAGCUACCUCACUGGAGGAUAAAAAGAUUGUGGGUGUUAUUUAUGGCGCUAGGAGUCGUCAUCCACAGGACGUUUAAAAAAAAUAAUGUUGAAUAAUGACAAAUUUCAUAGCUAGAGUGGUUUAUAUUAAUAAAAAAGAAACAAAUAUUGGGAGCGUUUGGCCGAAAAUAGCAUUAUUAGCGCUAGUAAGAAAAAUGGCGUCCUUUAGCGUCCUUUUAGCGCGCUCGCAAUGACGUGUGUGUUGCAAAUGUCAAUGUCAAACAAAUGUCAACAAGAGGAACUACUGAGGAACCGGCGGCGAGUGUAAAUAAAGUGAAAUCUGAUCAAAAAUAGGAAAUUAGGAGACAAGAACAUGUUUUUACAAAUAGCUAUAAUAGUAACUACAAUUAAAGUGUUCUUUAUACCGUUUUACUAUUCCACUGACUUCGAAGUCCACAGAAACUGGCUUGCAGUAACCCAUAACCUUACUAUUGACCAGUGGUAUUAUGAUAAUACUUCAGAAUGGACGUUGGAUUACCCACCGUUCUUUGCUUGGCUGGAGUAUGGAUUGUCACACGUAGCGAAGCUGUUUGAUCCCAAGAUGUUAUAUUUGACGAAUUUGAAUUAUAAUUCUAAUAUGACAGUGCUCUUUCAAAGGCUAUCUGUGAUAGUUCUUGAUUUGGUCUAUAUUCUAGCAGUUAGAAGCUGCUCAAAACUUAUUAGCAAUGGGAGAUUAUUUGUGUACAUGCUGUUGGUUACUAAUGCUGGCUUGCUUAUGGUUGAUCACAUUCACUUCCAAUACAAUGGAUUUCUAUAUGGCAUUCUGUUACUAUCCAUUUCACAUAUGAUUAAGAGCAACUUCAUACAAGCCGCUCUGUGGUUUGCUGUAUUGCUCAACCUGAAACACAUAUUCUUGUACAUUGCUCCAGCAUACAUUGUGUACUUACUCAGAGCAUACUGCUUCAUGGUGUCAUCUGAAGAUGGUUUGCAUACCCCUUGGUAUUCCUUCUCAAUCAUGAAUCUGAUCAAACUGGCCUGCACUGUGAUUGUUGUUUUUGGAUUAUCCUUUGGACCUUUCUUGGACCAUAUACCACAGAUAAUUGCAAGAUUAUUUCCUUUCAAAAGGGGUUUAAGCCAUGCAUAUUGGGCACCAAACUUUUGGGCUUUAUACAAUUUUGCAGACAAAGUAUUUCAAGUUGCAUUUACCAGAGCCGGUGUCAUAAAAGCUCAGCCCCAAGCGUCCAUGACCGGUGGCUUAGUGCAAGAGUAUCAACAUGCUGUGCUACCCUCGGUCACUCCAACAGUGACUUUUGCAUUAACCUUCGUGAUGAUGGUGCCAGCUCUUAUAAAAUUGUGGAAUCUAUGUGCAGAUGAAAGAUACAGGGCUUUGAGUUUUAUUAGGUGUAUGAUAAUAUGCGCGUCAUGUUCCUUCAUAUUUGGAUGGCAUGUCCAUGAAAAAGCCAUUUUAAUGAUUAUAAUACCUCUGAGUUUCAUGUCGGUGCUUGGCGUAGAAGACGGUAUAACGUACCUCAUGAUAUCAACAGUUGGGCAUUAUUCACUAUUCCCAUUAUUAUAUCCAAAGAGCCUUGUGUCAAUAAAGUUAUUUAUUUUACUUUCCCACUGUGGAAUCGGAUUUAGUACUAUUCCAUUUUUGUAUAUUGCGAAACCAAAGAAAAGAAAACGAUUUUUAAGAUUAUCUCUAUUAACUGAUGCUGAAACAGUGUAUUUAUAUGGUUUAAUAGCUCUAUUUGUCUAUGAAAAUAUGAUACAUACAGUUUGGGGCUUAAAUAAAACGUUGCCAUUUUUACCCCUUAUGUUCACAUCAGUAUACUGUGCUCUAGGCGUUAUUUAUUAUUGGAUAUACUAUUAUUAUUAUUUUCUUACUUUUAACCUUAGCGGUGUCCCAACUGUUGGCGUUGUUAACUUAAAUAGGUACGAGAAAAAAAUACAUUGAUUUGUUGAA